GCAACUGGCAGCAGCCGAGUUUGAUUCGCUGGCGGGUUCUGCAGCGUCCAUGGGGCUGGCGGGAGAUUGUGCGGCUGGACGGCGCCAGCAUUGUGCAGAGCAGCCUCCAACAUGUUGGCCAGCUCGAUCGCCGAGCAUAAGUAAUCACUUCCAGCGACCGAGGUUAGAGUAGUGUAUCCUGUUUAGAAGUUCGGUGCUGAUUACAUCAGGAAAGAAAAAUGCAGACUUUGUUACACUAUAUAAAUGUGGACAGCAGUACAAUGCAAAAGUUUGAUGCCAAGGACCUUCCCAAGAUGUACAGUAUGAACUCAAGAAAUGUUCUUUCUGAUGUAAAAGCUACAAGUAGCAUAAAACUGGGAGACUAUAGGUAUCCCGAAUUGCCAAUUACUAAAUACAAAGAACAGUUAAUUAAUCUCAUUGAAAACAAUUCAGUCGUCAUCAUUCAAGGUGCUACUGGUAGUGGCAAGAGUACACAACUACCACAAUAUAUUCUUGAAUACUACUUAAGAAAAAAUGCAUUCUGCAAUAUUGUAGUAACACAACCACGAAAAAUUGGAGCAAUUAGUAUUGCACGUUGGAUCUGCAAAGAACGCCUUUUGUCUCUGGGAGGCUUGGUUGGGUAUCAGGUUGGAUUAGGAAAGCAAGCUGGUACCAACACACAACUCCUGUACGUGACAACAGGCGUUCUACUUCAAAAAAUUAUCAAUACAAAAUGCUUGACUGAAUUUACACACAUCAUCAUUGAUGAAGUUCAUGAGCGUAGUGAAGAAAUGGACUUUCUGUUGCUGAUUGUUCGUAAGCUGCUACGCACUAAUUCACGGUUGAUUAAGGUAGUCUUAAUGUCUGCAACCAUUAAUUGUAUGGAGUUUGCCAACUACUUUGCUGUGCCAUUCCGGAAUAGCCUGACCCCAGCAUAUGUAUUUGAGGUGGAAGGAAACCCACACAGCAUUGAUGAAUAUUAUCUCGAUGAUAUUCAACAUCUUCACUGCCCAGUUGUACCUCAAUUUACCAAUGAUCCAAAAAUUGUUCCUGAAGUCUAUUCUAUAGCUGAAGCUCUGAUCCUCUAUUUUGAUGAGUUAGAAAAUGAACAAAGCGAUAGGUUGACAGGAAUGAACUUGAACCGUGGCAGUGUAUUGGUAUUUUUGCCAGGUUUGGCAGAAAUAAAUUACAUGUAUAUGGCCCUGAUGUCAAUGGUUCAAAGGAGGUUACAUGUAUAUCCACUACACUCAAGUGUGACCUUUGAAGAACAAAGUAAUGUAUUCCUAACCCCUGUACCAGGCUAUAGAAAGAUUAUUUUAUCAACAUGCAUUGCUGAAAGCUCGAUCACAGUUCCAGAUAUUAAAUAUGUGAUAGAUUUUUGUUUAACUCGGAUUCUGGUUUGUGAUGGAGACACCAAAUAUCAAAGCCUUCGCUUAAGCUGGGCAUCAAAGAUGAGUUGUAAUCAGAGGAAAGGGCGUGCUGGUCGAGUUUCAAAAGGAUACUGCUAUCGGUUAGUGACACGUGAUUUCUGGAUACACCAUAUUCCUGAUCAAGGAAUACCAGAGAUGCAGCGCUGCCCUUUAAGCAGUACUGUACUCAAGGUAAAAUUGCUGAAUAUGGGAGAACCAAGAGUUCUGUUGGCUUCUGCUCUAGCUCCACCUAAUCUAAAGGAGAUUGAACGUACAGUCCUGCUACUAAAAGAGGUGGGAGCACUAUCUAUUGAAUUGAAAGGAACAGUGAACCCGUAUGAUGGAGAUCUAACUUACUUAGGAAGAGUACUGGCAUAUUUGCCUGUGGAUCUCCAGUUAGGAAAACUUAUAGUUUUAGGACAUGUUUUCGGCUGUUUAGAAGAGUGCCUUAUUAUUGCUGCAGCUCUUUCAUUGAAAAACUUCUUUGUAACACCAUAUAAACAGCCCCUUGAAGGAUACCGGAAUAUAAUGGAGUAUUGUGAUGGAACAUUAAGUGAUUGCAUAGCACUUGUAAAUGCAUUCAAGGCAUGGCAGACUUGCAGAGAACAAGGACAGCUCAGAUGUCCCAGGGCUGAGUUGGAGUGGGGAAAAGCAAAUUACAUCCAGAUAAAAAGAAUAAAGGAGGUGGCACAACUGUAUGAGGAGUUGAAGGAAAGAGUACAGAGUUUUAAUAUGUAUGUUUAUCAACCCCGUGGAAGUACCAAUGAAGAGUAUGCACACAAGCAGAGGUUUAUUUUGCAGGUUGUGCUUGCUGGGGCUUUUUACCCCAGCUAUUUCACAUUUGGCCCAGUGUCUGAAGAAGUUGCUGUGAAAGACAUAGCUGGAAAAGAUUCAAAAACUACAGUAGUGGUGAGGAAUGUGCCACCUUAUGGAUUCCUGUACUAUAAACAGCUUCAUUCUCUGUUCAGACAGUGUGGGCAAGUCAGAACUAUUUCGUUUGAUGGAUCUAAGGGCUUUGUUGAAUUUGUGCAAAAUCCAAUAAAGAGAACUGAGAUUCAUCCUGCAGUGUACAUGGCAUUGAAGAUGGCCCAGCAUCGUAUUCCACUGCAGUUGAAUAUUCAUCCUGUGGAAGAGAUUGAUCAGUUGACUCGAGGACAAAAUAGUACAAACUUGCAAAAUCCAAGAUUGUGCAUUGACUAUCAAAAUUGUGCUGUUCAACUGAUGCCUGAAGAAAAGUCAAGAGGUCUUUUGGAUUUGCCCUGUCAUCGUGUUCCACGCUUUUUCACCAUGAAUGUCACUGAGGUUGUUGAAGUUGGACACUUCUGGGGUUACAGAACAGAUGGCGAGAGCUUGCACACACUCGGCAAACUGAUGAAUGAAAUUAAGCAUCUAACAUUGACGCCACUGAUUGUGGAACCAUUCCCUGAUUUUUGUCUUGCACCUUUCACAGAUUGUAAUGAAACCCAUUAUUACAGAGCUAAAAUCUUGCAAGUCUCAGGUGAUUCAGCUGAGAUAUUCUUUGUGGAUUAUGGAAAUACAACAAGAGUUGCUACAGAUCUUUUACGGAAUCUUCCACAUAACCUUUUGGAGAUGCCUUUUCAGGCCCUACAAUGCCAAAUUUGCAACAUGCGGCCAUCUGCAUAUUCCAUGUUAUUUGGAGAUCGGUGGACCACCGAGGCCAGGAGAAGAUUCACCACCUUGGUGAAAAACUGUGUGCUGCUUGUGGAAGUUUACUCCAUUGUACAUAAUGUUCUACGCGUAGACCUUAACUUACAGACUGCCAAGCCCAACUGUAAUGUGCGAGAAAUCCUCAUUAGCGAAGGUUUUGCUGAGUCAGCUGAGGAGACAUAUGAAUCAAAGCUAAGUCACGAACAUCUCAGAACCACGUUACAGUCUCCACCCCAGAAAACAAUGGGUUUAAGUCACCAGACUAUAUGGACUCAGAAGGAGGAAAACUGGAAGCUAAUUCGAGAAUUCAUAAAAACUUUCUCAACUACAAAACUGGGUUCUCCAAGUACAAAGGUCUAUUUGCGUGGUCCCUUUAAUCCCUUUCAGGCCAAGUUUUGUAGUAUGACUAAUAUGUCCAAGUUCAGGUAUGUUUCGAUUGAAAGCCAGAGCAUAAAUUCAGUAGCUGUAAAUGAUGCUCCGGAAGAUGUACACCAGAGGUUAUUGGUUGCUGCAUCAGUGUCAGUAAAUACCUCAGGCUCAACUAUGAUUGUGCGAGGAACAACGUUGAUGCCAAACAUUCAUGGGUUACCAGCUCUAAUAUGUAUGAUAUUUGCUCCAGUCAUGGAACUGAGGACUGACAGAUUAAGAAAACAUUAUAUUGGUGCUUUGUGUGGUUUAGGUUGGAAUCCAGUUAUUAGUGCCCCUAUAUUGGAAGAACAUGAUCUGGAAGUUACAUUUGAUGUGCAUUUUGAUGCUAAUGACAUUUUGGAGAUCAAUCUGUUGCGAAGCACCAUCAACAAGUUAAUUUGUGAUAGGUUCCUGAGUUCAUGGAAACAUGAAGAAAUACAGAAACUGCAAAAUGAAGCUCGCCUUAGGUUGUUAGACAUUUUUAUUGGAAAGAAACCCAGAGAAACUUUUAAAUCUCAGUACUUUGAAAGACCAUACCAGUGGAAUCAGGUAGAUCCAGAACUUCUAAGCUGUUCCGGAGAAGGAAGCAAAAAUGUUUUGUACCACUUGCAUUCCUUGGUGCUUCUGAAUCCUUAGACCAUCAUUCUGAAGAUGUGGCAAUGGUCAGCAACCUUAUGUUAAGGAAAAAUGGAGCCUGUUAAAUACAGAAUAAUAUUUUUCUCCUAGGCAAAUUUGAGUGACCUCUUUGAAAGGGACUGUUGUAGCUAAUGGGGCAAAAGAAAUGAUGAAGCAAUUGGGUAAAAUCUGGAUUACAAAGUACUUUAUUACAAAUUGAGCAACAUAAUUGAAAAGAAUUACAUGUUAAUUAAGUUUAAAAUUUAUUACUUGAGAAAAAAAUUGACCUUAGCGAGCAAUUAUAACCUUGCUUUCACUUUGUUGAUGUAUGCAAAAGAUGGGCAGUUCUGGUAUUGAUGAACAAAACCACAAAGUAUCUUACUGGUUGUAACAUUAUUUUGUUCAGUGGUGAAUAAUAAAGUGCAAAUAUGAGCA